UAGCGGCGAGCAUGGAAAAAUGGCGUCGGUCUCAUCGGCCGACGACUUAGCGACAGUGAAAAAGUCGGGACGCACGGUUUCACACUUUUUUUGUUUGUGUUUAUCCACGCAAACAUACGCGAGCGCAAACAGAAAGAGACAAGAUUAUGAAGGGCAGCGUUAACAGUAUAUUUGUACGACAAGGAGCACACGAGAGCACUCGUCAGCUGUGCAGCGCUCGACCUAACCUCUUUUCGACAGUAUACACAAAAGUCAGCAUCUGCAUCAUAAUCGCCAGCGUCAGCAGCAGUGGUAGUAUAGUAUAGUAGUAGCAGCAGACAAUAAGAACAAGGGAGAGAGAGAAAAAUAGUAAAUCGAGGGGCCAUCAUCAUGAGAUAGUAGGGAGCAAAGGUCAGGGUUUAGGGCCCCCUCCGAUGGAGCCCGUGCUCUCGUCGACGAGCAGACGCCGGGGUCACCAGCACCACCCUCGUAACGCAACGAGGCGCCGUCUGGACCUCCACCAGAAUCAGCAGACGACGUUGAUCGUUGUUGACAACAACAAUCAGACGACAGCUGCGAAAACAACAACAACAACAUCCUCGAGCUUCUCCUCGACCCCCGACAAAGGACCCGCGCAGUGUGGUCCUGUCGGUGCGGCCGAAGAUGCCAUCGCACAGGCUGUCACUGUCAACAGCCCGAGGCGCCUGCCAUCCAGACGGGUGCUCGGCGCCUCCAGGCCCAACUCUCUGCUGGAAACAAACAGUGGGGAUGCCAAAAUCAUCCGCAACGAAAGACCCGCGCAGUGUGGUCGGGAUGACGAGGUCAGAGGGUCGAGAACAACAAAGCCGGCUCUUGGGGCCGGUAGCUUCUCCGACGACGACAAUGACGAGGAGAGCUGCAAGAGCCCCGAGCUCGAGCACGCGGUCGCGAGAGCCCGGGGCGAUGGCAAUUCGGACGAGGAGAGCGUUGUUGUGGAGGAGGAUCCGGAGAUCGUCGAGUUGGCCAAGUUAAGGUGUCCCAGCGAAAGGACCGAGGUUCAGGCUGAGCGGGAGGCCAGGCGGCGCAAACGAUGCGCUGAUUAUCCUGGCCUGGCCUUUGGCUGCUCGAUAUUCUCCAGCGAUACCAUGAUGAAGUUCAGUCUCAUUAGGAACGAGCUGCAAAAUAUAAUGGGCAAUCAGCUCAAAAGGGCCGAGUCCGAGGUCGCCGCCCUCAACCGGCGUAUCCAGCUGCUGGAGGAGGAUCUCGAGAGGUCCGAGGAGCGCCUGGCGACGGCCACCGCCAAGCUCGCCGAGGCCUCGCAGGCCGCCGACGAGAGCGAACGCGCACGGAAGAUCCUCGAGAACCGCAGCUUGGCUGACGAGGAGCGCAUGGACGCCCUGGAGAAUCAGUUGAAGGAGGCUCGUUUCCUCGCCGAGGAGGCGGACAAGAAAUACGAUGAGGUUGCCCGUAAAUUGGCCAUGGUCGAAGCCGAUUUGGAGCGUGCAGAAGAACGUGCCGAGGCUGGCGAGUCGAAAAUCGUCGAACUGGAGGAGGAGCUGCGCGUCGUUGGCAACAACCUCAAGUCCCUCGAGGUGUCCGAGGAGAAGGCUACACAGAGGGAGGAAAACUUCGAGGGCCAAGUUAAGAUUUUGGACAAUCAGUUGAAAGAGGCCGAGGCUCGAGCUGAGUUUGCUGAAAGAUCCGUGCAGAAGCUCCAGAAGGAGGUCGACAGGCUCGAAGACGAGCUGCUGAACGAGCGUAGUAAGUACAAAGCGAUCGCCGAGGAAAUGGACCAGACCUUUGCCGAUCUCGCCAGCUACUAAUGCAAACAAAUAACAAAAUGAUGAUUGGCUAUGAGAAUCAAGAGGGAAAUUAUUCCGACGAUAAGAGAUACGCACUGCCUACUACUGAGAAAAAUAAAAAAAAAAAUAAAAAUUCGGGGGGUUUGAACUGCUGUGUACGUGUGUGCCAUCUGUUCGUUGAAUUAUGACGAGUUUUUUAAACAAAAGUUUGGCAGUGUGAGCUUUUCAAUAAUAGCUUUUGUUAUUGUUUCGCGGUAAAAACACACACACACACAAUUGUCAAUUUUAUAUUACAUACAUGAAUAACUCUUGUAACGCGUAUCUUCCAUUUGAGUUUUUUUUUUUUCUAUGUAUACCUGCCAAAGCAAACCUAACCGAUCCUUUUUGAUAUAGAUUAUUUAUACCGGAUGCGUUUCUAUUGCGAGCGAGAACUAAUUGUUUGUAACGACGCAGAGUAGCUUUGUAUAAUAAACAGGAAAUACAAAAUCAUUCGAAAGCUUUCUCGUAGUUGGUUACGACGAGGGUUGACAGAAAACGGAAACAGUUUAGUCAAUGCGUGGGAUUUUAUGAAAAUACUUUUAUUAUCUUGGCAGAUUUCGUGUGUUGCUGGAUGAAAAAAGUCAUUUGCGCUUGUACUAAUUUUUUCAAAUUUGUAAGUUAUCUUUUGAUAAUGUACAUUUCACUCGUCGUCAAAGAAUUGAAUCGCGAAAAAUUGGAAUGAGAAUUGUUGAAAAUUAUAUUCAACUUUUGACUUUUGGCAAUAAUUCGCGCAAAACAGUAUAAUAGUUCUCUCAAGUGCUUUGAAUUGAUUUGAGGUGCGUUUGAUGCAGAAAUGAACUUGGCGAACAGAAUGGGUUACAACUAAUAAUGCAUUGUCAAUGGCAUUAUUGGUUAUAUAAGUUUUACAACGAGACUGUAGGAUUAAGAUAUUUGUGCUAGUUGGUGGUGGUGGUGGCGAUGAAGGUUGAUUGAUGGAGAUGCGCUUCUUGAAAGUAUUUUUUAAUAUGUUGUUCGAAAUGGAAUUUCGAAAAAAAUCUGUCGUCUAGUAUGAUUAUUAAAUUGUGUUUUUUUACGAAUUUGUAAAUUUUGAUUAUCGGAUCAAAAUCGAAGGGGCAGCUGGAAAUUAAUAUAUUUUGAUAAAUUACUAUUCGAUUGAGUAUAUAUGAUAAAGCAAGCAUUUAUUUAGAAAAACAUUAUAUUCCAAUGAAAUUUACUAACUUUGAAAAGAUUGUCUUUCAUAUCAAUUAGUCGAACUUUUUCCACAGAAGCGCAUUGUCGUUGAAUAUUUUUCAUCUGGUUUAGGUCUAAAGAAACACAUCGUCCAUUAAAAAAAAAAAAAUUAAAAAUAAAAGAUACCAUUGGUUGACUUUAUCUUACAUAAUUAUAUUAUUAUAUUAUUAUAAAAAAAGGCUUCGCUUUGAUGAAUCGUGUGCAAGCUCGUGGCUUAAUUUUCGCUUGCGUUUAUUUAUUCGAUUAAUUAUACAUAUAUUAAGCUUUAUUUUUGUGCUGAUAACUUGAUUUUUUUUGUUGCUUCAAUAAACGCGGGAAAAAAUCGAAAAAGAGCAAAGGAAAGGAAAAAAAAAAAUACAACGCGAAGACGGAUUUGUCACAUUGAGAUGCGGCAGUGCCAAAAAUAAAGACGCAAAAGUUUUCAAAGUUGGGUCGUCGAGCCUUGAGCUCUUGAGUCCCGGCAUCUCUCGAGCGAUUGCACAAUUUAUACAUGUACACGAGAAUUUGGGGCGCUAAAAUUCAUCUCCAUAACAUACGUAUGUACUGUUAAACUGAUUUUAAAGAUAAAACUAAAUUAUGUACAUGUUAAGAAUUUUUUCAAGCACCUAAAUUAUCAUUAUAAAUCGAGAUUGGAAAAUUAAAAUUGUAUAUCCAUUUUUAUCAUUCACAUAAUUUUUAUGGCCGAACGCAUUUGAUUUGUACAUUCCGUUGUAAGAAUAGUGCGGUUAAAAUAAAUCCUGCGAAUUUAAAGGUGAAAGGUGACGUUUCUCAUAAUCAACAUGUUGAGAAUAAAAUAAGACAUACUUGUAAUGGUAGCAAUGACGAUUUUUCACCUUUAAAUUCAGCAAUUGUAGUGCAGAGAAAGAAUCUUUUCCUCAAAUCUAUGAGCUGCGUGCGUUGUAAAUAUAUUAUAUACACAGCAUAAUUAUACAUAUUUCGAUGAAUUGUCAAUGGAUUUUAUUAUCAUCGAGGGGAAUUUUAUUGCGCGGUGAAGGUUAUAAUCAUUAUAAUUUAUGAAGAAAAUUAAACCUCAUAACAUUCCACAGUGCACAAAAAUAAACCUAUGCAUGGGUUAUUUUUGUUCUGCCUGAUGUAGCUUGGAUGAGUGAAAAUGCGACAAAUAAAAGCGUUUUAAAAAUGAAAA